GGGUGCUACGAUGCGGUCGGCUACCUGCUGACCGUUGGAUGUGAUGUGAAUCGAAGCGAUCAUAAGUUGAGGACGCCGCUACAUCAUGCAGUCAGGAGAUCUGAUUACACGAUGGCCAAACUGUUGAUAUCGAAGGGAGCACUAUCAAACUAUUCGGACGCUGCCGGCAACACGCCACUGCACAUCUCCACUCUGCACGGUCACUCACAGCUGGUCAGUUUGUUAGUCAGGUCUGGCUCGGACGUGUACAGGCGAGGCCACUUCGGAGCGACAGCACUGCACAUGGCGGCCAGGGAGGGUCAUGAUCAUCUGGUGGACGCUUUUUGUGGG